GGAGCUUUGUUUGGCUUCAUUCCAUCAAUAUUUCAAGGAAUUUAAAGAAGUAAUGAAUAAAUUUAAUGGAUUGACUGUUGUCAAAAAAGACGUGAAUCAAGAUGCAGUGAGAGGAUUGGAGUAUUUACAUGAACAAAACAUUGUCCAUAGAGAUAUCAAGCCAGGAAAUAUUCUUUUGGUACAAAAGAGCCCUUUAUCUGAAGUUAAAGCAGUUCUGGCUGAUUUCGAUUUAUCUGCAAAAUUAGAUGAUGAUCGGUCUUCAAAAACUACAUUGAACAAGAGAGGAACUCUAUCAUGGAUGGCUCCUGAACUGUUAGUGGAAGAUGGAUUAGAGCUUCAAUUCAGUCUACAGUCAGAUAUUUUUUCAAUGGGGUGUGUCAUAUAUUUUGCUGAAACUGAUGGAAACCAUCCUUUUGAUACUGGAGAUAGUCGUGGUGCCGCUAUUCAUCUUAAUGUCAAAAAUUACAAUCCAUGUGAUUUUCAUCUACUGAAUGGCAAGCCAAAAGCUACUGCUUUAAUUUUAAAAAUGAUAAAGCGUGACAGAGCUUCAAGACCAAGUGCUAGUGAAGUAUUAGAUGAUCCUUAUUUCAAGGAAGAUGAUUCACAAGACACUAUACAAGUACUACCACAGCUGACCGAUGGAGAGGAAGCACCUCAGGUUGAUACACCACAAGAUACCAGUGAGGUACAAGAUGGGGCCAGUAUUCUACUACCAGAGGAGAGUGUAUCAGAACAUGCAAGUCAUGCCAGAAUUCACAGUAUUCUACUACCAGAGGAGAGUGUAUCAGCACAUGCAAGUCAUGCCAGUAUUCCAUCACCAGGGCAAAGUGUAUCAGCAGAUGGAGAAGAUUAUACCAGUAUUCCAUCACCAGAGCAGAGUUUAUCAGCAGAUGGAGAAGAUUAUAUCAGUAUUCCACCAGAGCAAAGUGUGACAGAUACAUCAUAUAGUAAACAGUUGUAUGCUGUUAUGUUGAAUAUGUCUCAUUCUCUUCCUCGAUACAUAGUCGAUCAUUACAUCAGAUUACUUGCAAAUCUUUAAUGUGAA